UAAAUCAUUAAAUCUACACCACAAAAGCGAGCAGCCACCGCGCACCAUCAACGGCCAAGAGACGGAAGCAGCAGGCCAGCGCAGCCAUGGCCAGGAACCACCAUUUCGUCCUUGCUGUAUUCCUCAUGGCUGCUGCCGGCACCACCACCACCACCACCACAGCCACCUCACCAUCAGGCAACUCGACGCCGACGCCGACGGCGUACGAGAUGCUGGAGCGGUACGAUUUCCCGCGAGGCAUCCUCCCGGAGGGCGUGCAGCGGUACGAGCUCCGCCCCGACGACGGCUCCUUCGAGGUGUUCCUCUCGGGCCGCAGCUGCGAGUUCCGCGUCGGCGACCGGUACCUGCUCCGGUACGACCGCCGGAUCUCCGGGACGGCGCGGGAAGGCUCCAUCCGCGCGCUGCAGGGCGUGAGCGUCAAGGUGCUGUUCGUGUGGCUCGCCAUCACCGAGGUGGACCGCGCCGGCGACCAGCUCAGCUUCCUCGUCGGCCCGCUCGCCGCGUCGUUCCCAACGAAAAACUUCGCCGAGAGCCCGCGCUGCCAGUGUGGCUUCGACUGCGCCUACGUCGCCGGCGACGCCGCCGCCGCCACUGCCGUCGCGGCCUCCUGAUGCCAAGGCACCUCAUCUUCUUCCUGCUGCUGCUGGCUGUCACCGUAACUGUUGCUGCAUUUGUCCAUGACUUCAUGUAUCAUAGUAUUGGGGAUUAUUUGUUGUUUUGUGAUCUGUGUACAAAUCAAUGAAAGAAAUAGGCUUUUGGUUCUUGGGAGAUUGAGCGAUUCCAAUUUGACGA